AUGGUCCUCCUCCUCAUGCGCCUACCAGAUAUUAUUGCUUGCCGUCUGCUCUCCAUCAUUGCUUGCUUGAGUGGCAUUCGGCCAGUAGGCUACAGGCAGUGGCACAUGUUCCUCUGCCACAUUCUCACCAGCACCAGCAUUGUUUGGGACAGAGUGAGAUUCAGAGGGGUCGUGAGGAUGGAUGUUAAAAUCCAGAACGUUGAUAUAAACCAGUGUGCCAAUGGACAGGGAUGGUUUGCAAACACACACCAGUGUGACCUCAACAGUACACAGUGUGUCCCACAGGACAGCCAGGGUUUUAUCCUUGGAAGGUACCUUUGUCUCUGCAAACCAGGUUUCUACAGGACAGGCAGAGCCUCCUCCUCUUCCUCUCCUUCCUCCGCCAGUAAUGGCCAGUCUGGAGAAAGUUCUUCCCAAUAUGGAGCAGUGGAUUCAGGGAACUUGCUGGAGUGCCGGCCUUGUCACGAAGGCUGUACCACCUGCACUGAUGACACGCCAUGUUUGAUCCAGGAAGAUUGGUCCCUCCGUGCUGCUGUCCUGGUAUUCCAGGCCUUCUGCAUGAUGGCAGUUUUCUUCAGCAUGCUGGUGUCCUACCACUUCAGGAAGAGCAAGAGAAUUCGGGCUUCAGGAGUUGUUCUUCUAGAGACAAUCCUCUUUGGUUCACUCCUUCUCUACUUCCCUGUGUUUAUCCUCUAUUUCAAGCCAAGCAUCUUCCGCUGUAUUGUCCUCCGUUGGGUGCGUAUGCUGGGUUUUGCCAUUGUGUAUGGAACUAUCACCCUCAAGCUAUACAGGGUCUUAAAGGUCUUUCUCUCUCGCACGGCCCAGCGAGUCCCGUACAUGACCAGUGGACGGAUCCUGAAGAUGCUGGCUUUGAUUCUGCUCUUGGUGCUUUGGUUCUUAGCCGCUUGGACAGUUGGGAUGCUGGAGAACAUAGAGAAGAACAUCCCAGUGGUGGUCCUCUCCCAGACCACCAGGGGCCUCCAGUUUUACAUCUGUGACCAUGACCGCUGGGACUACAUGAUGGUUGUAGGUGAGAUGCUGUUCCUGUUCUGGGGAAGUUUCCUUUGCUAUGCCACACGGACAGUCCCUUCUGCUUUCCAUGAGCCUCGCUACAUGGGCAUUGCCCUACACAACGAGUUGAUCACUUCCACUGCCUUUCACAUUGUCAGGUUUUUAAUGGUUCCUUCCUUGCACCCUGAUUGGACACUGCUGCUGUUUUUCAUUCACACGCAUGUCACCACCACAAUGACGCUGGCACUUCUUUUCAUCCCAAAGUUCCUGCAUGCAGGGACACCCUUGCGGGAGGAAAUUGCCACCGAGGUGUAUGAGGACGAGCUGGACAUGAGGCGCUCAGGCUCCUACUUGAACAGCAGCAUCACAUCGGCGUGGAGUGAACACAGUCUUGACCCCGAUGAUAUUCGGGAUGAACUGAAAAAGCUUUACAUGCAACUAGAGGUUCACAAGACCAAGAAGAUGACGGCCAACAAUCCUCACCUUCAGAAGAAGAGAAGUUCAAAGAGGGGCUUAGGCCGUUCUCUCAUGAGGCGUAUCACUGAGAUCCCAGAGUCUAUGUCCCGGCAGUGCAGCAAAGAGGAGAAAGACGGGUCUGUGGGUGGAGGGAGUGGGAGCCGCUCUGGCUCCUACAAGCGGAAACACUUGGAUUCUGGCAGCUCAAGUAUCAAACUGAAAGAGAAUUCCUCUUCCAAACGUAAGGUGGCUUCAUCGCUAAAGAAAUCCCACAGCACCUAUGAUCACAUGAGGGAUGUCAAGGAAAACAACUUGCCAACCAGGCACGACAGCUGCAAAGAAGCCCCUUUGCUAGACUCCUUGAUGAGGAAAAAACUAGCCAAGGCAGCCUCAGAGAGAUCCAACAGUGACUCUCUCUGUGACUCGGCCCCUUUGGUCUACAAAUCAGCCAGUGCUCACAAUCUGUUGGCAGAUAAGAAGCCUUUGCAACCCAAGCCUUCUCCUCUACAGAAGUCCCUCAGUGUGGUCACCAGUGCCAAAGAAAAGGCCUUGCUACUAACUAGUAGGGCUUACUUAGAAAACAGCAGCAAACUAGCUCAAGACAAAGAGUGGAGAGCAGCCAUGAAAGACUCCACAAUGGAAAAUGAAGUCUCUGGACACACUGAGGUUACUGAUGUAGCUUCAGAGGGAACAAAGAAACAGCUCCAGAUGGAUGACACUUCAGAAGGAACUGUGAGCCCCUUUCUGGAAGAUAGCUGCCCUAGCAAAGAUACUGUGUGCCCUUGGGAAGCUGUGACAGCCCCAUCAACACCUGCAGAAAGCAGGUCCCAGAAACAUGUCACGUAUGCUCCUAUCAGGAGUGUCAGAAUCAACACCUCUGAUUUGUCUGGGAAAAGACACCAUGGCAACAAGAGGACACCACCGGAACCUCCUGUCAGACAGCAAAGUUUGGUUCAUAGCCUUGAGAAACAAGAUGUUGCUUCUUGGGAUGGUCAGGACCAAACACAAUAUUCUGUCCAGUCCCACAAGACACACCCCAAAGACAGUCCAGUCCUGGUAAACAUACAUCCAGGGGAAUCAGAAGAGUAUCCAGCGAAGACUGAGAUGGAAAGGGGGAAGCAGGAAGAAGAUACUGUGCCACCUUCUGCCCCAGCAGGACUAACCAGGCUUGCCUCCAUUGCUGCAGAGGUCUGCCCUUGGGAGGUCAUGGAAGUGCCCAUUCCAAGCAAGAAAGACCCAGAUGCAAGUGGGUCAGACAGUCAGAAAAGCUCCCCUGAAAAACAAGCCCAAAGCCCUCAGAUCUUCAUUUCCAAAAGCUCCAUAAAAGGCUUAGGUCUGGCACUCAAAGCAUUCAACCGUUCAAGGAUGAAGACAAGUAUAAAAGUGAAAAAGGACAAUGAGGGUAGUCCAAGAAAAAGUGAGAAAGACGCAGGGGGAAAAAGUGAAAAACUGGCAGAAGUAGCUUUGAUAUCUGUUGGAGGGUCACCAAAGCAACAGGUAAUUACCAAGAGCCCUGGGGAAAGCAAGGCAAAGGUAGUCAGCAAACAAGCAACCAUCUGCCCUUGGGACGAGGAAGCAGUGCAAGAAGCCCUUUCCAGUUUACAGAAGAGCUGUCCAAGCAAAGCACUUGAGGUCUGCCCUUGGGAAGUAAACCAGGAUGAGUUUGUGCAAGACAAAGCAAGCAGCACAGAAGCAGUGGCUUCCAAAAAUGCUGGAGGGAUUUUCUCCAUCAGGCUGGAAAGGACCAAGAGCCAGCGAGAAUCUGUGUGCCCCUGGGAGACGAUUGAUGAGGAUCAAAACAGAGAGGAUAAAACUUCCAGCCUCUCUCCAAUGGCUUUCAAGACAGAAAGCAAGAAAGCAGAGGCAAGUCCUAGAGAAGUGGCAGAUGUCCUACCCAGCACAUCAAAAAGUGAUCCACAGUCCUGGGAAACGAGCAGUGCCUUGCUACAGGAUGAGACAGUAAAAGAAAGCGAAGAGAAGCCUUCUUUGAAAGAGGUUUUUCCAACAGAAACACAGGGGAAGAUAAAUAGCCAGCAUGAUUCCAGGGAUGCCAAAGAAACUUCUCUGGGAAAAGAGAUUAAAAGGAGCCCAGAUUUAUCUAAAGCAGACCAAAGGAAACCCAGGAGUGUUGAGAACAGCAAGGCACAAAUAAGUCCCUCAAAAUCAGAGGGCAGCAUCAAUGUUAAUUUGCAGAUCUGUCCUUGGGAGAUGGAAGAACUUCCAUCAAACAAAAAGAUGGCUGUGGAAGACACCGAAUUGUCCAAAGAGAAGAGCACCAGCCUAAAAGCAGCAGCAGUGAAAAAUCUUGCCCACCAAGACAUUUGCCCCUGGGUAGCCACAGAAUUACCAAGAGGAACAGAGGCUAAAAUCUCAAUGACUCCAAGGAAAUCAGAUGAUGUGGAAAAUAUCAAAGCAGAAAUAUGCCCUUGGGAAAUAAAUACUACAUUGCCAGAGAAACUGAAAGAGGAUUCAGGAGGGGACUCCAAAGGGAAUGAAGGCAAAAAGCUCAAAAGUCCACCAUCUGAGGAUACCAAAGAAGCUCUGCCCAAGAAAUUGGAGAAAGAGAGCAGCCAGCAAGGCUCAGUUUGCCCUUGGGAUAAUGCAGGUGUUGAAGACCUUUCCACAAAAACCACUUCCAAAAUGCCAGAACUAUCCAAAGUAUCUUUGAAGACAUCAGGCAGUUGGGAAAGUAAGAAGGUGGAGGUCUGUCCUUGGGAAACUGAAAUGGCUGAAGCAUGUCCCUGGCAGGUGGCUUCACCCCCAACAGAAAGAGGGAUGAAGCAGGUUGAAGGAGGACCAUCUAAGGGCGUCAUACUGAAAGCACGACAUCCUCUGAAAAUACCAGAGGAUAGCACACAGCGUGACUCCAUCUGUCCCUGGGAGGACAUGGAAUCAGAGAACACUUUAAAGAAACCCAGUACAAAACCCUUGGAACUGAGUAAUACAAGCUCAAAGAAGCUUGAUAACUUCCAGAGCAAGAAGGCAGAGAUUGCUCCUUGGGAAACACAAGAGGAAGACACAGAUAUUACAGCAGUCAUAUGUCCCUGGGAGAGCGAUGAAACCUCCACAACCAAAAGAGAACUUAAAAAGGGUGCAAAUGCAGUCUCCAGAGAGGAGAAGAAAGGAACUAAUGGGAAAAGAAAGCCUGUCACAGGUAGUGAGGAUUCAUUUAUCAAGCCUAAGCCCAAGAACCUCCAACUAUCCAAAGGCAGCUCAAAGAAAUCAGACAGCACAGAAAGCCAGAAGUUAGCUGUUUGUCCUUGGGAAACUGAGAGUGCUGAAAUCUGCCCCUGGGAAUUGACUCCAUUAGAUAAAACGUCCUUGAGACAAAGUACAGAAGAAGGAAUGGAAAGGACUGGAGAUCUUCUGUCUAAACUUUCAGAGAAGGUGAGCAGUCCACAGGAAUCCAUUUGCCCUUGGGAAACUAUGGACACUGAUGACAUGUCCUCAGUACCUAGUGCAAAGAGUCCAGGCCUAAUUGAAGUAGGCUCUAAAAAACCCAGUACCAUUGAGAGCCUCAAGGCAGAAGUAUGUCCAUGGGAAAGUCAAGAAACAGAACUUGGCACCGAGGCAGACAUAGGUCCAUGUGAAGUGCCUGAAAGCCCAGCUGAUAUAAGAGCUGGGUCUUUUGACAGUCAUGGGACAACUCCACCAAAGCAAACAAGCUAUUCUAAAACAACAGAGAAGAUAAUUGGCCCUAAAGAAUCUGUUUGCCCGUGGGACAGUGUUGAUGCCAGCAAACUCCCUGUUAAUUCUGGACUGUCUAAAAUCCCUUCCAAAAAGUCCAGCAGUGCUGAGAGCCUAAAGGCUGAAGUUUGUCCAUGGGAAUCAGCAGACUUGAGAAAGGGGAGCAACAGUAGUUGCUCCCCAGUGAGUUUCUCUAAAGCAAAGGAAAAAUUGAGUAGUUCACGAGAUGAAAUCUGCCCAUGGGAGAGCAUGGAGUUUGAAGAAACUUUAGCAAGAUCUGACCCCCAAAGUCCAGCCUUGUCCACAGCAGAUUCAAAGAAAACUGCUAGCAUAGAAAGUCUAAGGGCAGAGGUUUGUCCAUGGGAAACCACAGAAAGUGAAAUGAGGCGUGGGGUAGAAAUGUGCCCAUGGACAGCAGCCAUGGCCCCCUUUGAAGGGGGAAAGUUAAGGCAGGACUCUGGAGCUUUGGAAGGGAAGAAAAGUAAGGCAGUACCGAAAAGUCCAGACUCAAAGAAAGCUAGGGGAGAAACAGUAUUUAAGAAAAUAGAAAAGUCAAAAAGCCACCAAGAGUCCAUCUGCCCCAGGGAGAGUAUGGACUUUGACAAACCACCUGCUAAAAACACCCGAAGUUUAGACCUGUUGCAGGUCAGUUCCAGAAAGUCUGAAAGCACUGAAAAUCUAAAGGCUGAGGUUUGUCCAUGGGACUACCAGGAGCUCCAGACAGAGACCAAAGCUGAAACAUGCCCAUGGGCUGUAACUGAAAGUCCACUUGAAAAAGGUAUUUUGAGGAAGAAUAAGGAGAGAGUUUCCAGUAAGCAGAGAGUGAGCAGCUCACAAGAAUCUGUUUGCCCUUGGGAGACCAUGGAAUGGGCAAGCAGCCAAAGUCCAGAUCAGCCCAAAGGUGGGUCUAAGAAAUCAUACAGUGUUGAAAGCUUGAAAGCAGAGGUAUGUCCUUGGGAAAUUGAGGAAGAGGAGUCUAGUGGUGAAGGAACAUUCAGAGAAGACCCAAGUCAAGCUUCAAAAGGUCAAAUAAUUAAAAGCUCAGGCCUGAUGAAAGUCAAGGGGAAAACUAUGUCUAAAAAGAUAGAAAAAACCCAUAGCCAUCCAGGUUUAGCUUCCCAUCAGAAAGUUACUGAUGAAUUCUUGACCAAACCUAGCAGUAAAAGUGUGGAUCUAUCUAAAGUUGGGUCCAUGGAAUCUGACACUCUUACAAGUUUAAAAAUGGAAGUCUGUCCAUGGGAAACCCAAGAUGCUGGAGCUAGCAGCAAAGCUGAUGUGUGUCCUUGGGAGUUGGCUGGUGUUCCACUAGAGACACUAAGUAAGGCGGUGGGUGGCACUUCUGAAGGGGCUAGGAAGGUAGGUUCAAAAGGCCUUGUAAAAGCUCCCAAAGCCCUGGAGAAAAGUAGCAGCUCUCAAGAAUCUGCCUGCCUGUGGGAGAGCACAGACACCAUGGGGGUCUCAACAGCCCAUGCUUUUGACAGUGCUUUUUCAAAGAAGUCUGACAGUGCUGAAAGCAGGAAGACUGAGUGCUGCCCUUGGGAAACUAAUCUACCAGAAGCACCUACUAAAGGGGAAAUUUGUCCAUGGGAGGCAGAAACAGUGCUGCCCACUAAGCAUGAAAGUCAUGCAUCACAUACCAGUGGGACAGAGAUGCCAGUGGUCAGUGGGCAAAGAUCUCAAACCAAACGGGAGGGCAUGGCUGGACACAAGCCUCUGUGCCGUAGCCUUCCUGUCCCUACAUUACAAGUGGACUUCAACAGAGGCAGAAGUCCACUGGUGGGUGCCUUGGCAAAAAGUCAAGGUGACAGGACUGUAGCUGAUAUUUGUCCUUGGGAAACUGCGGAAGACCCCACGACAGCCAGAAAAGACCCUGCUGAAAUCAGAAGCAAACCCUGCUCUGAGGUAUGUCCAUGGGAAGCAGAAGACAGAAGCUCCUCAUCUCCUGCUCUGGCUAAAAUUAAAGCAGGGGAGAAGCCACAGGUUGAUGAAAUUGAGGGUUCUAGCAAAGGUGGUAUCUGUCCUUGGGAGAGUGACUGA